GCUCGUCCCGCAACAGUACAAAGUCCCAAGCCCCAAGAAACCCACCCUCGCCGGUCCCCCGUCCCCUGUCAACCGACCCCCGAGGAGAAGAGAGGAGACGAGAAGCGAGGCGAAGAGGCCAGGCCAUCCGCUGUGCCUGCUUUGCUUUGCUUAAUAGAGGGAGCGUGAGGUGCACGGUGUGGUGAUAGGCCGCGGCUAAGCACCAAAGUUUCGGAAAUGGAGCUGCUCGCUGCCGCAGCUCCGGGAAGCGGAGGCUACCGAGCAACCGGACCGAGCCAAAGCAGCGCCAGCUAGUUUUGUUUUUGCUGCGGCAACUGCGCUACUUAAGGCUGUAGGCACUACACAACACCAGCGGAAAAGGAGGGGUAAAGGUGUGUGAGGUGAAGGCGAGGGGAGAAGCGAGAAGCUCGUGAGCAGCAGCGGUGUGUGUGUGUGUGUGUGUGUGUGCGUGGGGCGAAGGGAGGGGAAGAAGAAGAAGGAGAAGGAGAACUUGUUGCUCCGGGCGUUUCUUGGGCGCGGCCAUGGACGCCUACGAGGCGACCAAGGUGGUGUUCUCCCGGAUCCAGGCGCUGGACCCUGACCACGCCGCCAAGAUCAUGGGCCUCCUGCUCAUCCAGGACCACGGCGACAAGGAGAUGAUACGCCUCGCCUUCGGCCCCGAGGCGCUGCUCCACAGCGUCAUGGCGCAGGCUCGCAAGGAGCUCGCCCUCCUCCCGCCGCCGCCGCCGCCGUCGUCGUCGUCGCCCACCGUGCCGGCGGCCCACUCGCCGUUCCUGCUGUCGCGGCAGAACUCCGGCCGCGGCCCCGCGCCGUCGCCGUCGCCGCUGUCCGCGUCCUCGCCGUCCUCGUGGGCGCAGGCGCAGCCGUUCUCGAGGAGCAAUGGGUCCGUGGAUGAGGUGGUGGGCGCUGGGGAGGAGCUAAUCAGCCCGGCGAACAGCGGGGGAGGCGCCGCGGCGAACGCGCCGCCCUUCUUUCCUCGGGGUGGGGACGUGCUCCUGGACGACUUCCAGCUGCAGGAGCAGCUCGCGUUCCUCAACGAGGGGGGCGUCAACCCCAGCCACCCUCUCCAGGGGUUCGAUGGAGCGGAGUGCCGGAGCCCCGGUCCCGGCGAGGGCGGCGGGAUGUUCCCGUACGGUCUCGGCUGGGCAAACGGUGGCCCUGGGCACCGCCGGAGCGCGUCGGUCAACGAGCUCUGCCUCGGCGGCGGCAGCAGCGACGGCUUCGGGUGGAAGCCUUGCCUGUACUACGCGCGCGGGUUCUGCAAGAACGGCAGCAGCUGCAGGUUCGUCCACGGCGACGACGCCGCCGCUCUGACGGGCGCCGCCAUGGACGCGGCCACCGCCGAGCAGCAGCAGUGCCAGGAUUUCCUCCUCCGUUCCAAGAGCCAGCGCCUCGGCCCUGCUGCCUUCCCCUAUUCACCCACAGGGUCGCUCCCCGGCUCGCCAUCCGCCGCCACCAAGUGCCUCAGCCUCUUGCUGCAGCAGCAGCACAACGACAACCAAAGAGCCGCGGCGGCGGCGGCGCUGAUGCUCGGCGGCAGCGACGAGGCGCACAAGUUCAUGGGGCGGCCGCGCCUGGACCGCGUCGACUUUGCCAGCAUGAUGAACCCCGGAUCGCGCCAGAUUUACCUCACCUUCCCGGCCGACAGCACGUUCCGCGAGGAGGACGUCUCCAACUACUUCAGCAUCUACGGUCCGGUGCACGACGUGCGCAUCCCGUACCAGCAGAAGCGCAUGUUCGGGUUCGUCACCUUCGUGUACCCUGAGACGGUGAAGCUGAUCUUGGCCAAGGGCAAUCCGCAUUUCAUCUGCGACGCCCGCGUGCUCGUCAAGCCUUACAAGGAGAAGGGCAAGGUCCCCGACAAGUACAGGAAACAUCAAGGUGACUUCUCCGGCUGCACGACCCCCACUGGCCUGGACGGCAGAGACCCAUUCGAUCUGCAUCAGCUCGGUGCGAGGAUGCUGCAGCACUCCAAUAGCACAAACGAGAUGAUGCUUCGUAGGAAACUGGAGGAGCAGCAGCAGGCUGCCGAGCUGCAACAGGCCAUCGAACUCCACAGUCGCCGUCUCAUGGACCUCCAGCUGCUCGACCUCAAGAAUAGAGCCGCAGCUGCUGUCACAACAGCAAUGGCGAUGACAAUUCCCACCGCCAAUGCCUUCGGUUCCAGUCAGCCUCUUGCCACCACCAUGGUCGAGUCACCGCCUGAUUCUGGCGAGCAGCUCAAGGGAACAGGUUACUUCACAGAAGAGAGGAAAAUGGUCAACGGAGGAGGUGAUAAGGAAGAAUCUGCUGGUGAGGCGAGCCUGAAUGCUGAUAGCGACCAAAGCUUGGAGCACAAUUUGCCGGACAGCCCGUUUGCUUCGCCGACUAAGUCCUCUGUCUCAGCUCACCAAAGUUUCACCACCACUGAUACCGGUGUCGUCGCGACAAGUAGCUGCAGUGCAUCUCAUGUAGGCAUCAGCGCGGGCACUAAUGCUGGAGGUGGAAUCAACCAUCUGCGGCCCUCUACUUUGGAUAUACCUUCGCCAAGAGACUUCUUCUCGGUUUCCAGCAGGCUGGCCUCUGAUCACGGAGCGAUUGGGAUGUAAAGUUCUCUGCAAUGGAUGAGUGAAUCCCCCAGCCUAAUCAUAGAACACAAGAAGCAAAAGAAAAGCGAUAGUGGAAUAUAGGAGAAAAGGAGUGAAGUGUCAGCAUAGUGUUAGCUCCCUUGUUUAUUUCUUUUUGGUUGCCCUUUUUAGUGGGUAGCUCUAUUAAAACCACAAGUGAAGAUGCCAUUAGCCUUUGACUAGGAAAAAAAGCCAGUAGAUGCAGACAUGCAGUGUUGUGAGAUACUUAAUAUAUAUAAGCAAUCCAGUGUUACCCCCUUAUAAUAUUAGAUAUACUAGUAGUACUCAAUUACAACUGCCAUCAACAACAUAUAUAGUUGAUGUUUACCCAGUUGUUCAUCUAAGUUGUAGGCACUAACUGUGAAGUAACUAGUAAACAAGGCCAGUAACAGCUUCUAUAUAAGUCAGAUGUAACACAGGUGCAUCCUGCUAGCUUCAGGGGAUGCAAAUAUCAUGGACAAGUGCAAAUAAUCCCAGAAGAAGCCGGAGAAGGAUCACAUGGCCAUGGCAAGAAGUGGUCUGUGAAGUAUUUUUACCUGUGCUAGUACUAAAAUAUCUCUUUGGUUCUCCUACUUGGCCAUGUUGUUUGAUCAGGAGAGUGGCAAGAUCCCACUCACACCUCCUCGGUCAGCUGCCGACCAGCGUUAUUUGCGCCCCUCAGCAGAUGCAGGCCACUUGUACAAAGGACACCUUUUCUUUGUUCUUUGAACCUCCUUUUUAUUUUUUUUUUCAGAUCUUGCUGAAUGAAUCUGUAGAUUACUAUACCAUCUAUUACUGUAGCUGUCUAGUCAUUGCUCUAUAGAAAGAAAGUUAUCCCAACUAAUUUGUCAAUCUGUAAAAAUGAUAUUGGGCCCCAAGCCAAGGGUUGGAAUGAAUGGCGUCUUUUAAUUAAGCUGAUA